GAAAAACUUUUUUUUGCUGUCUGUGAUUUCUUUUGACUCACUAAAAUUACUGUUUAUCUGUGAGGGCAACCUCAAUUGAGUUCCUUUGAACUUUGUUGUCAUUAAGAAGCGUACCUUCGAGCGAGUGGGAUAAUGCCGCGGGAAAUCACCGAAAUUAAAGAAUUCCUUUUGACGGCCAGAAGGAAAGAUGCAAAAUCCGUCAAGAUAAAGAAAAAUCCCGACAACACCAAAUUUAAGGUCAGGUGUUCCAGGUUUUUGUACACAUUGGUGAUAACUGAUAAGGAAAAAGCAGAGAAACUAAAGCAAUCUUUGCCUCCAGGUUUACAAGUGAAAGAAGUGAAAUAAAACAAUGUAUUUGACUUUUAACUUAAUAUAAAUGUUAAUUAAGUAA